CAGAGGCGUUGCUCUGUUGGCUAGCUACCGUCUACCAUCUAGUCCGCCUGGAUUUUGCCGCAAAGCAAACUGAAUCUAUACCAUUUUAAAACGUAUAUCAGAGGAGCGGUAGGGACAACGAUGUAGUCGUUUUUUAUUCGUUUUAAUUCAUAGCUGUAUGCUAAUUUAGUGCGUGUGUUUUCUGUUAUGUUUAGCGUUAUUUUCUGUUUUGAUCACCGCAUCCACCUAUUCAUUUUUUUUUAUUGUGGGCCAGCUAGCGAGCGUUAACUGGUUACGGUAGCUAACGCUAAUGCAGGCUGUGGAGUAGCAGGUGUAACGUUAUUUGAUAAACAGAGCUAGCUACUAGAAAGCAUCGCUAUUAGCUUAAAUUGCUAAGAUACUCAUUUGAAAUCCGAUUUGACUAGAUAUAUGCCACAUCUUCACCAGAGUGUAUUACGGGAUCAUUAAUUAGCCAGUUAACGUACGGUAGUCAUCAUGACAGGUGAGAAGAUACGCACCAUGCGAAAGGACCAUAACAAACCAAACAAAAAUGAGGAGAUAAUGGACACGAACGAUGAGACCUCAAAUGGGACUAUCCCCAACAGCACCAGUAACCAUUUCAAAUCGAACAAGGCUUUUCAAAAGUCAGUCAAAACCUCGGAACUGCAGCAGCAACAGCAGCUCAAUGCAAACAACAUUAACGGCAAUUCAUCAUCAUUUGGCAAUAUUGUUAAUGAUAACAACAAGAACCCAAUAAUCCUGACAAGUGAGGAUUUGGAGUUCCCCGUUCAUGAGUGCGUGUUCAAGGGAGAUGUGCGCCGGCUCUCCUCUCUCAUCAGGACCCAUAGCAUCACCCAGAAAGAUGUGCAUGGGAACACACCUCUUCAUCUGGCUGUCAUGAUGGGCCACAAAGAAUGUGCCCUCCUUCUUCUCGCCCAUAACGCUCCUGUAAAAAUAAAGAACGCACAGGGAUGGAGCCCUCUAGCAGAAGCCAUCAGCUACGGCGACAGGCAAAUGAUCACAGCAAUACUGCGCAAGUUAAAGCAGCAAUCCAGGGAGAGCGUGGAGGAUAAAAGGCCAAAAUUACUGAAAGCUCUCAGGGAGCUUGGUGACUUUUAUCUGGAGCUGCAUUGGGACUUUCAGAGCUGGGUGCCUUUGCUGUCUCGGAUGCUGCCUUCUGAUGCUUGUAAAAUCUACAAGCAGGGACUUAACAUCAGACUUGACACCACCCUCAUAGACUUCACUGAUAUGAAGUGUCAGCGCGGAGAUCUUAGCUUCAUUUUCAACGGCGAGGCCGCACCCUCCCAGUCCUUUGUGGUUCUAGACAAUGAAGCAAAAGUGUAUCAAAGGAUACACCACGAGGAGUCCGAGAUGGAGACUGAAGAAGAGGUGGAUAUUCUGAUGAGCAGUGACGUCUACUCUGCAACUCUGUCCACCAAGUCGAUCAGUUUCUCUCGCAGUCAGAUUGGCUGGUUGUUCAGAGAGGAUAAAACCGAGAGGGUUGGAAACUUCCUGGCUGACUUCUACUCAGUGAACGGUCUGGUGCUCGAGUCACGUAAACGGCGAGAACAUUUAAGCGAGGAGGACAUCUUGAGGAACAAAGCCAUCAUGGAGAGCUUAAGUAAAGGAGGCAGCAUCAGUGAACAAAAUUUUGAGCCUGUGAGACGGCAGUCCCUCACAGCUCCUGCACCCAACACAAUUUCCUGGGAAGAGUACAUCACUGCAGAGCAAGGAAAGCCACCUCAUCUUGGGAGAGAGCUUGUGUGUAAGGAAAGCAAGAAGAACUUCAAAGCUACUGUAGCCAUGAGCCAGGAUUUCCCUCUAGGCAUCGAGUCGUUGUUAAACGUGUUGGAGGUCAUAGCCCCGUUCAAGCACUUCAACAAACUCCGCGAGUUCGUUCAGAUGAAACUUCCACCUGGGUUUCCAGUCAAACUCGACAUCCCCGUCUUCCCCACGAUCACGGCAACUGUCACCUUUCAGGAAUUCCGCUACGAUGAAUUCGAAGAGUCUACUUUCUUCAUCCCCGCUGAAUACAAAGAAGAUCCGAGUCGCUUCCCAGACCUCUGACCUGUAAACACAUCUGACGCCGAAAGGAAAUGACCAGCGAGCUAACAUGUUCCAAAUGUGGGAAAUAGAAAAUGAGGAAUCCAAUAGUUUUAUUCCUAUAUAAAUAUUAUCCAUUUAAAAAAAAGAAAAGAAAAAAAGGGAACUGCUCUUAUUGAGCAGUUAUUUUUCAUUUUUGCUGAUGGAUCCAAAGCGAAUCAAUGCAAACAGAUGUUACAGAGCGCCAUCUAACAUAUAUUAUAGAUGCAUAUUGGCAGUCGUUUUUUUGUGGUAUAAGUGAUAGCUUUCGUUGUACUCACUGUUCACCACCUGAGCAGUUGAAUGCGCCGCUCUGUGCUGCUGUUCUUUCCUGUGAAAGCUGUCAGAAGACAAAGCCUGGACAUCACUAUUUUAAUAUCUACUCUUAUCUCCAGAAAGCAGAAAGGACUGCUUACUGGAUUCUCAUUCUUGAAACUGCACUGACACUGUCAUCUGUAAAUAACUCACGUCUCACAUGUAAUUCAUAUGAAAAACCACACAAAUAUAGCUAUAUACUCAAAUUGAGCUUAAUCAUUAAUAAAUGAUGUACUUGAUGAUAUAUCUCUAAACACACACACACACACACACUCAAAGGAGUAACACUGUGUAGCAAUACAUUUCCAGUACAGAAGAAUGUUCUUUACCAGCUGGGAGAAGGUUAAACAUAGAAACACAUUUCGCUAUCCAAGCCUUUUACCCUGUUCAGGAGGCAAUCUCUUGUAUUUUCAGGUUAGCUCAUGUUACCUCUUGGCUCUCUCUGUUGUGAUAGUAUGAGCUCUGUGAUGGUCUGAGUGAACAAUUGUACUGUACCAAUGGUUGUAUGUGCAUUUGUGCGAGGGAGAACCCAGGUGGGAUAUCAGGUAAACUGUUCUCAGUUUGAUACUGCACUGAUAUUAAGUAUAUUUACGGCAUGCGAUGGCUGUGUUGGCCUACUGGAUAACAUGCACCCCUGUGUUUGUUACAUUACCUGCAGACUUAUUGGUAUUAAGAUUAAGUAAAAAAUGACAAUUGUAACUAACACUUUGGAACACCUUUUAUUGCUUAUAAAAAUCUUUCCUCUAUGGGAGUCUGCACACAUUUUAUUUAAUUCAAGGAAAGUAAACUAAGCUGUGAAGUUGAUAUCCUGGUACUGUCCUGGUGAGAAAGAAUCUGAUCCAUUGAGUUGUCUCUGGCUUCAGCUAAUAUGUACUGCAACCAUACCUACUUCACUUCCCUUUAAAUAAAGCACCAGCAUCAUGUUUUAA